GAACAGACCAUCACUAAGAGUUGGAGUCUGAAAAUCUGAGUAACCUGCAAAUAUCCUCAGCCAUGAACAAGAUCAUCGUCUAUGAACAUUGCAACUUCCAGGGCCUCAGCAAAGAGUUUACAUCUGAUGUCCCUAAUUUAUGUCAUAAGAAUUUUAAUGACUGCAUCUCCUCUGUGAAGGUCAUCGGGAAUCCAUGGGUAGCAUACAUGCAUGAGAAUUUUACUGGCGAACCGACUGUGUAUGAGGAAGGAGAAUACCCCAGCGUGUACUACAAUGAAUCAUUUUCUUCUCUUGCGCUGGUGAGAGAAGCCCUGGAUAAUCCACAGAUCACACUGUAUGAGCAUGAAAACUACCAGGGUCAGAGCCUUGUCCUUAACCAUGAGACCAACUUGUGUUACGGCACUUUUAAUGAUAAAGUAUCUUCUCACAUUGUGCAGAGAGGAGCCUGGGUUCUGUAUGAGCAUGGUGACAGGGGUGGGCAUAUCACGGUAGCCAGGGCUGGCCGUAAUGUGCCAGACUAUGGCAGGUUCCAUGACCAACUGAGCCAUGUCCGUCCUCUUAAAGCAGGCAGACCCAGCAUUAAAGCUAAAAUCGAAUGGGACAAGAAGAAAGAACAUGUCAAAAGUGUUAUGCUCGACUCCGUCACUGGUGUGAAUUAUGGAUCAGAAAAGCAAUCCUUCACCACUGACAUAAGCCGAGUGUAUUCAGGAUCCAUCACAGCAAGUUUUAAAUUUAGUGAUUCCUCACAGAUUAGUUGGGGAACUAAAUUUGGUAUGUCAGGGUUUGGUUUUGUAGCAGAGGGCACCUUCAAUGUCACUGAAACAAGUACUAUGGAGAGAGGCCGCAGCAACACCAAGACUACAUCUAAGAGCAUCAAAGUCACCUUGCCAACCAACAUUCCUCCUCACACCAAGCUCACAGUGAAUGUGGUAAGGAAGGAGGUAACCAUUAUAGUCCCAGUCAAGCUGACCAUCACCACUGGCUUUACCUCUAAGGUUGAGUAUGGAGAGUACAGGUGUGAGGAUGGGAAUUCUAUUCACGCUGAAUUCAAGGAGGAGAAGAUCUAGUACAGCCACACGAGGAGCAAAACAGAGAGCAGAGUUAAUAUUAAAUGUAU